AUGGGACAGGAAAAUAACUUACUCCCUUCAGACACAGAGCGACCCAGGCCCUGUGUUUCCAGGGCUCCCGCUCUGCGCUCGCGGGUCAGAGCGACCGUGCCAGCCACUGGCAAGGCGUGUGCCGUUGAGCGUAGUAGAGAGUCUGCCAGUGUGGGGAGGCUGUGCCCGGCUCCCCGCUCUGCGCUCUGGCCUCCCCGCUCUGCGCUCUUGGGUCAGAGGGACCCUGCAAGCCACUACACAGUCAAAGCGACCCUGUCAGCCACUGGCGUGGCGUGUGCCGUUGAGCGUAGUCGAGAGUCUGCGAGUGUGGCGAGGCUGUGCCCGGCUCCCCGCUCUGCGCUCUGGGCUCCCCACUCUGCGCUCUUGGGUCAGAGCGACCCAGCCAGCCGCUGCACAGGUCCAGACAUGCUCCGCUGUGUGCAAGAGAGCAGCCGAGUGAGGAGGAGGAAGAGGUUUCAGAAGACAAAGACGGGGAGGAAUAAAACCCGGAGGCGCGAGGUUGACAAUGCCUCUUCUCCCUCUUCUGAGGAAGAACCCGAGGAAGAGCCGCCCGAGGACGAGCCUGAGGACGAGCACGAGGACCGACGCGAGGAAGAGAUCACCUCGGCCCCGGACCAACGGGAGACGCCGUUGCUGUCGAAAAACAGCAAAAUCGAGUGGUCCCCCGUGGCCUGCGGCCAACACCACGGGGCCCUCGCGAUCUGCCACACCGGGCCGGACCAGACUCCGGGCCCCAUGGCCAAUGCCACGACCCAGGCCCACGACAUCGCGUCCGCCUUCCACCUGUUUGUCACACCAGCGAUAGAAAGGAUAAUUGUGGAAAUGACGAACCUGCACGGGGCCAGAAAUUACGGUGACGGCUGGCGACCCAUGGACGCCACGGACCUGCGAGCCUAUGUAGGGCUGCUGAUCCGAGCGGGCGUCUACAGGUCCCGGGGCGAGGCCACGCCAAGCCUGUGGGACGCCGAGAGCGGCAGGACCGUGUUCAGAGCCACCAUGCCGCUCAAGGUCUUUCACAGGUACUCGAGGCUGCUGCGAUUCGACAACCGCCAGUCGAGACCCGCCAGACUCGCCACGGACAAACUCACAGCCAUACGGGAGGUCUGGGACCUGUGGAAGGCGCGGCUGCUGGCCCUCUACAACCCGGGGCCCGACGUGACGGUGGACGAGCAACUGGUCCCGUUCAGAGGCCGCUGUCCUUUCCGUCAGUACAUCCCCAGCAAGCCGGCGAAAUACGGCAUCAAGUCGUGGGUGGCCUGCGACACCAAGUCCAGCUACGCUUGGAAGAUGCAAGUGUACACCGGCAAGGCGGCCGGCGGAGGCCCCGAGAAGAACCAGGGGAUGCGCGUCGUCCUCGAUCUGACAACGGGGCUGAGCGGUCGCAACGUCACCUGCGACAACUUCUUCACCUCCUACGACCUGGGCCAGUGGCUCCUCGAGAGGAACCUCACCAUGGUGGGCACGGUGAGAAAGAACAAGGCCGAGCUCCCGCCCGCGCUGCUCGAGUCCAGGGGCAGACAGGUCCUGUCCUCCAGGUUCGCCUUCACGCCCACCGCCACUCUGGUGUCCUACCUGGCAAAGAAAAACAAGAACGUGCUACUUUUGAGCACGCUGCACACAGAGGGCCACAUUAGCGAUCGCCGCGACAGGAAGCCGGCCGUCAUCCUAGACUACAACUGCAACAAGGGCGGCGUGGACAACCUAGACAAGGUGGUCGGCACCUACAGCUGCAGACGGAUGACUGCCCUCUGGCCCCUGGUCGUCUUCCACAAUAUCCUCGACGUGUCCUCCUACAACGCCUUUGUCAUAUGGCGAGAGAUCAAGCCUGACUGGAUGCCUAGCAAGCGGAACAAGCGCAGGGUGUUCCUCGAGCAUCUGGUAAAGGCACUUGUGAAGCCGCUGAUCCAAAGGCAGCAGCAUCUGCCCCGCACCGAAGCGGCGUCAGCGCUUGUCAAAGUCCUAAAGAGUGCUACGGCGGUGGCGCUCGUUGCCCCGGCCACCGGGGCAAGUAAGAGGAAGAGGUGUCAGCUCUGCCCACCCAAGAAGGACUCCAAGACACACACGGUGUGCUGCAGGUGUAAGAAAUACAUCUGCAAAGGCUGUUCACACGCCUACUGUCACACUUGCGCACAUUGGGCCUUUAGCCAGGACGGGACAGGGUGA